ACCAUUACAAACCUCAUUUACCUACAGACUGAUGCUCAUCGAAACUGCUCCCUGUCCACACAGAAUAUGUGAAGAAUCUUGUUGGGCAGGUAAAUCACCCACUGUACUGGUUUCAGGUCAGAGUGAAGAAUGGUUUGACUCCACCUUCAAGAAAAACAUCUUUAUAACUGCGUGAACUGUGUCCUGGUCUUCAUUUACCUUAACAACUGAACUGAGCCGACCUGCUCCUGAACACUAUCCUUCCUCACUGCAGCGAGUCAUCCAAACUAGACUUCACCAUGGUGUCGUUGGGACGUCAGAUGCUGGGCUUUGUCUUGGCUGCCAUUGGCUUCUUGGGAACCAUCAUUAUCUGUGCAAUACCCAUGUGGAAGGUCACUGCCUUUAUUGGAGCCAAUAUUGUGACGGCACAGGUCAUCUGGGAAGGAUUGUGGAUGAACUGUGUGAUGCAGAGCACAGGGCAGAUGCAGUGCAAAAUCUAUGACUCUCUGCUGGCUCUACCACAGGACCUUCAGGCUGCCAGAGCUCUUGUGGUUAUCGCCAUCCUCCUCGCCGCCUUUGGCAUCCUCCUGGGUAUCGCCGGGGGCAAAUGCACUAAUUUUGUGGAGGAAAAACGCGCCAAAGCCAGGGUUGCCAUCGCUGCUGGGGUUGUCUUCAUCUGUGCCGGUGUCUUGACCCUCGUCCCUGUCUGCUGGUCGGCCAACACCAUCAUCAGAGAUUUUUACAACCCCGUCAUAAUCAACGCUCAGAGGAGGGAGCUGGGAGCUGCACUCUACAUUGGCUGGGGCACAGCCGCUCUUCUCAUCCUGGGAGGCGCGCUCCUCUGUAGCUCCUGCCCACCCAAAGAAGAAAGUCCAGAGUAUCCAGUCAAGUACUCUGGAGCCAGGUCUGUUGUCAGCAGCCGGGCCUACGUCUGAGCGUUAAAUUCCCCAGAGAAAGACUUCAGCUAUUUUACAGUUUCUUAAGCAACCUCCUUUAUUCUGAGUUCCUAAGAAUGACAUGAGGCCGUCGAAAUUGUGCCACAUUUUUAGAAGGGGCACAACAUGAGAGGAGACUGAUUAAAGUAAUUUUGUGAAAAAGUAAGGACUGUUUGGUGAAGGAAAACGACUUUUUCUUUUUAAAAGAGGAGCACAGUGUAAAUACGUGGUGUGAACCUGCAGAACUGGCGAGAAAAUCUGGACUGAGUGAAAGAUAUUCUAUGAUAUAAGUAAACCUUAGCUCAUUUUCCUCUGUUAUGUAAAUCUCAGCUACAUUGGAAGGAUGUUUAAGAAGGUUUCAGCAGAACGUUGAUGGAAGAAAAUUUCUACAGUUGUGUUGUUUUAUUGUGAAUAUAUUCUACAGAAAAUCUCAGAAAUAUCUAUGUUCAGAAUACAGUAUCAUAAAAAGCUUUUGUUUACGCAAAUCUGUGAUUUAUAAUAAAACAUUUGUUUAAAUGCUC